AUGAAGUUCAUCUCAACGGUCAUAGAAGAUUUGGGCCGUGAGACAGGGAACAAACCACAAGGAAGCAAUCAAGAGGGAGGAACAAUGAAGUUCUUUACCACCAUUUUGGAAGCCUUGGCCCACUACUCAGCUGUGACUCCUGACAAGGUCGUGUAUACUUGGGUGGACAUCAAGUGCCAGGAGCAAAGAAAGCUGACCUUCCGGCAGCUAGAAGACGAGGCCAAUGCUGUGGCUGCUCGACUCCUCAAGUUGGGGUGCCAAAAAGGAGAUCGUGUCAUGGUUGCUUAUCCAUUUGGUCUAGAGUUCUUGGCUGGCAUGUUUGGGGCCAUGAAGAUCUCAGUGAUUCCCUGCUCCAUCUACCCACCCAAUCCUAAUCAGCUCAAAACAGACAUACCCAAAUUCCGCGGAUUUGUGGAGGAUGCCGGAGCCAAGUUCGCUCUGACUACUAACACCUUUGCCACAGCCAUGACUGCUGCUGGGGUCUUUUACAAGACUGGCGUCACCUGGAUUGGCACAGACAAGUUGCCAAAUAAGAAACAGAUAUUUGGUAAGCCAAAAGGCCAUGAAACAUUUGUGGGCCAACCAGAUGAUGUCUGCUUUAUCCAAUACACAUCUGGAAGCACUGGCCGGCCCAAAGGAGUCAUGAUCAGUCACCGGAACCUAGCAGAAAACUGCAUGGCUUUAGUCAAAAUGACAAAUGCAAAUUGCUCGUCUGUGGCAGCACUGUGGGUCCCUCAAUACCAUGACAUGGGACUUGUGGCAGGAUUCAUGUCUUGUCUUUAUGGCGGCUUUCACCUUGUCCUGGCAUCUCCUCUAGACUUCAUUGCAAGACCUCUGCUGUGGACAGACAUGAUUGAAAACUACCAGGCAACACAUACAUGUGCCCCCAACUUUGCAUAUGCGUUGCUCCUCAAGCGUUUGAAGCAGGCAAAUAGAAAUGCCGAUUGGAGUUGUGUAAAGCGAGCCAUGUUUGGUGUAUACCUCACAGGUGGACCCGGUUACUCUGAUGAGGAGGGCCUAGUCUCCUGUGGCGAGGUGGACUCCCAAACUCUCAAGCUCCGGAUUGUUGAUGAUGGGAAGGAGGUGGAAGAUGGCGCCGUUGGGAGUAUCUGGGCCCAGUCACCCCGAGUUGCUGCCGGCUACUAUGGCCAGAAAGAGCUAACAGCCUACACAUUUGGCAAUGCGCUUCCAAAUUAUGAGGGGAGCUGGCUUCACACCGGUGAUUUGGGAAAGAUUGUUGACGGACAGCUCUAUGUCACUGGAAGACUCAAGGAUGUCAUCAUUAUCAAUGGCAAGAACUACUAUCCAACGGAUGUUGAGCUUUCCAUUGAUGACUCUUUUGGGGAUGCUAUCCGUCCUGGAAGAACCACAGCCUUCCAACAUGGAGAAGAUGGUGUUGGAAUCACAGCUGAGGCUGGAAAGGACUUUGACAGGGCAGCGAAUGAAGAUCUUGCUGUCAAGAUAUCCAAUCAUGUUGCUCAAAUGCAUGGACUAACUGUAUGUGAGGUUCUUAUUCUCAAGGUUGGAGUGACCCCCAAGACCACAUCUGGAAAGCUCAAGAGAGCUCUGAUCCGGCAAACUACUCUUUCUGGUGACUGGAAAAGAUCUUCUGUACUCCUCCAGUAUGAACGGCAAACCAACAUGUCCCCAUUUGAGGCAUAUCUACAUGCAUCUCUUGGGGAGAGCUUUGCUGUUGCUAGUAACAGCCAGGCGUUUUUGCUUGAAGAUGAUCCGGAUGAAGAUGAAACUGCCGAUCACCCUUUUGAUGAAGCAAUCAAAUGUGAAAAACGUAAAGAAGGGAAGACUGUCAGAUUUGGAGAUGACUUUUCCAAGAGAUGGAGCACAGUAUUAUCAGCUGUCCUUGGGCCAGAUAUUGAUGCAUCCAAGACUUGGAUGGAGAAUGGGAUAACCUCUCUCAAGAGUGCAGAACUCAGAAACAAAGUAGAGGAAGAACUGCAUGUGUCACUUCCCUCCAACUUUGAGCAGCUGUACCCUACUCCAUCAGAACUUGCCAACUUUCUGAUGGCAUCAGAGGCACAAGGCUUCCCCAAGCAUGCUGUUGGUAGCAAAGAGUACGAAUGGAAUACAUCAAGAUCCAAGAUCUCCAAACCUGUGCUUGGUGUCCUGCAAACACUGGGGUCAGUCACAAUCAUUCUGUUGCUGUUGGUUUCAGCUGCUCCAUCCUACUUCUUGACUUCCUGGGCCAUGGAGCAGUGCGAUUCAACUGGAGAGGGAGAAUGUCAUGGCCCAAUCUUCUGGCUUGUGCUGCCUCUGGUCUUCCCUCUUUUCCUCCUAUCAUUCUCUCUUGCUGUGGUGCUCUCCAAGUUGGCCGUCAUUGGCAAGUAUCGACCCCAGCAGUUUGACCUCUUGUCAAAGGACUACUUGCGAUGGUGGUUUGUGGACAGGCUUUUGGAAAUCUGGGAGUCAUUUGUUGGGCCAUUCAUUGUGGAAACAAAGUACAUUUGGAUCUUUUACUGGCUUCUUGGGGCAGACCUGCCAUGGACUGCCAAGAUUGAGUCCUUCAUCCGUGAAUGUGACUUGGUUAGGGUGGGAGACAGUGCCACUAUUGCACACCCCAUCAGGUGCAGGAAGUUCUCUCAGACUGACACAUGCCCCAAGCUGGCCUUCAGACCAACCAUUGUUGGCAAGAACAGCCAUGUAUCUGGCAUGGUCAGCCCAGGUUCUGUUGUUGGUGAUGGAAGCAAGGUAGAAAAACUGUCUGUUGUGGAAGAGGGUGCAGAACUACCACCUGGAAUCCUUACCAAAGGUAUCCCAGCAUACAACUCUGGGACCUACAAGCAUGCGAAACCAUCCUGGCAGGAGGAUGUGUUUUUGGAUGCAUUCAAAAUAGCCUGGACCAUCAUUGAAGUAUACCACUUCUUUGCACUUUCUUACCUGGUUCAUUCCUUCCUCAAUGUCAUUUUGCCUUCUUGGUGUUAUGCUACCAUUCUGCAUUGGCUUGUGCUCUUCCCGGCCACAUCCUUCCUUGCCCUCAUCCCUAGCAUUGCUCUCAAGUGGUUUUUCAUUGGGAAACGAAAUCCAUCAGAUGAGUAUGAGGGUUCACUAUGGCGCAAAGCAACCAACUGGGCGUGUGACUUCCAUUUCCGCAUUGCUUCUUGGUCUCAGACUCCGUUCUUUGGCCAGACAAAGCUCUGGCAUAUCAUCCUGUUCCUCCAUGGCCUCGAUGUUGACAUGGCAUCUUGCAUCAGCAACCCCUACAGAAUCUUCUUCCCCUCCAAGGUUGAUUUUGUCAAGAUCCGCAAGUCCUUUGUGGCCACUAGCACUGUUGACCUGGACCAGAAGGCCGACUCCAAGAUGGAGAUCAUCAACAGCAGUGUUGGCUACAAUUCCAACCUCCAUACAGGAGUCAAGAUCAUCAAAUCCAAAAUUCCUCCCAGGUCUGAUGUAAGGGACAACAUUACCGAGCUGAACCAAGCAGGAAAGUCAUGGCAGCCCAGUUUGAUCAUGGACAUGAUCCUGCCAGAAGUCCUGCAACUGCUCCUUAAUGUUGUCAUUUUUGCCAGUCUCAUCCCUGCCUAUGAGGUUGGUGUUGCUGUAUUGACUAGCUCCUCCUCUACCAUCAGGGCUGUUGGAUUGGCUGCGGCCUUUGUCCUGCAGCUGUUUGUUUGGAUUCUGUUGACCAAGGCUGUUGAAGUGGUGAUGCUGAAUCUACCAAGACCUUUGCAGCAAAGCUUUUGUGGAGUAUACAUCAACCAUAUUUGGCAGUUUGGAGUAGGCAACUGGCUGGUCUUUCUUCUCUAUGGCACACCCAUGUUCGCCUACUAUGCUCGCAUGAUGGGAGCAACGGUGAAAGGAGAGCUCUGGUUCUUUGGCAACUCCCUCUAUGAGUACAGCAAGCUUCACUUUCAGGGCAACACAAUAGUGGAUGAUUCCCAUGUGAGUGGGCACUUUAUCGAUGCCAAUGGGCUCACCCUAGAAGACACCCAAGUGACUGGUGUGUUGCAUCCAGGUUGCUAUGCCUCUGCUGGAUCUGUGGUCCCUGCUUCAGAGCAUGGUCCCUGGAAGCUCUUCUUUAGAAGUGCUGUUGAAGUGACAUGUUAUGAUGAAGAAGAUAAAAGCAGCAGCAAGCGAGACACUUCCUCCACAAUUGAGCAGCUCGAAGUCCCUGUCUAG